AUGCUCCCAGGGAAUCAUUCUGUGGUCAAAGAGUUCGUCCUGAUGGGAUUGUCCCAGGCCAGAGAGAUCCAACUAUUCCUCUUCUUCCUCUUCCUCCUCUUCUACUCUCUGGUCCUGCCAGGAAACAUCCUCAUCAUCAUGACCAUCCGGAACGACCCCCGAUUGGGCUCCCCCAUGUACUUCUUCUUGGCCAACCUGGCUUUCCUGGACAUCUGCUACUGCUCUGUCACCCCUCCCAAGAUGAUGGCCGAUUUUUUCUCCAGCCGCAAGGCCAUCUCCUACAAGGCUUGCAUGGCCCAGAUCUUCUUCCUCCAUUGGCUGGGAGGGUCGGAGGUCUUCCUCCUCAUUGGCAUGGCCAUUGACCGCUAUGUGGCCAUUUGCCACCCAUUGCGCUAUGCCAGUCUAGUCACCAGAGUGGUCUGCUGCCUUUUGGUCCUGGCUUCUUGGUGCCUAGGAUUCACACACUCCAUCAUCCAAAUCAUCCUUAUCGCCCCACUCCCCUUCUGUGGUCCCAACAAGCUAGACAACUUCUUCUGCGACAUUACCCAGAUCGUCAAGCUGGCCUGCACAGAUACCUAUGGGCUGGAGUUCAUCAUGUUCUUCAACAGCGGCCUGGCUACCUUAAUGUGCUUCAUCCUCCUCCUCAUCUCUUAUGGGGCCCUUCUUGUCAAGGUGAGGACUGGCUCCAGCCAAGGGAAGAGCAAAGCUGCCUCCACCUGUGCCACCCACAUCAUCAUCGUCUUUGUCAUGUUUGGCCCGGCCAUCUACAUCUAUUGCCGUCCCUUCCAGGACUUCCCCCUUGACAAGGUGGUGGCCAUUUUCCACACUGUGGUCUUUCCCUUGAUGAACCCCAUGAUCUACACACUGAGGAACAAGGAGAUCAGACAAGCCAUGUGGAAGUUGAUAAACAAACACAGAUUUCGGGGUGCAAAAUGA